CCUUUCUUCCCUCUCCUCCCUCCCUCUCUCUGCCUUCCUCCCUUCCCCCCCCACAGGCUGGCGUGCCAGGGGGUGGGACAUGCCAAUCACUGGCUGUGCCUCUCCGGCUGCCAGCACAGGGCGCAGCUCCCCCCGGAGCCAGGUGUUUGGGUCCCUGGAGACACCGUCGGCCCCUGGGGAGGCAGCGACACUGAGGACCCCCACGUACCUCUCUCCACACCCAUGGGCACCCCGAACCCCGCCACCCCCGUCCACCUUCAGCCCCCUAAAGAUGGACUGAAGCCGGCGGCUGGCCAGAUGGACAUGCUGGAUACCAAGGUGAUGAGUCUUCGCUGAGAAAGCCCGGCCGUGUGCCCCCGGGAACGGGCUGCCCGGCCCCCCCCCCCCCCGCUCCACCAUGAACACCUCGGCCCCACCCGCCGUCAGCCCCAACAUCACCAUCUUAGCACCGGGCAAGGGGCCCUGGCAGAUGGCCUUCAUCGGGAUCACCACGGGCCUCCUGUCCCUCGCCACCGUCACCGGCAACCUGCUGGUCCUGAUCUCCUUCAAGGUCAACACGGAGCUCAAGACGGUCAACAACUACUUCCUGCUGAGCCUGGCCUGCGCCGACCUCAUCAUCGGCACCUUCUCCAUGAACCUCUACACCACGUACCUGCUCAUGGGCCACUGGGCCCUGGGCACGCUGGCCUGCGAUCUCUGGCUGGCCCUGGACUACGUGGCCAGCAACGCGUCCGUCAUGAACCUUCUGCUCAUCAGCUUCGACCGCUACUUCUCCGUGACCCGGCCCUUGAGCUACCGGGCCAAGCGUACGCCCCGCCGGGCGGCCCUGAUGAUUGGCCUGGCCUGGUUGGUCUCCUUCAUCCUCUGGGCGCCGGCCAUUCUCUUCUGGCAGUACCUGGUUGGGGAGCGGACUGUCCUGGCUGGGCAGUGCUACAUUCAGUUCCUCUCCCAGCCCAUCAUCACCUUCGGCACGGCCAUGGCCGCCUUCUACCUCCCGGUCACCGUCAUGUGUACUCUCUACUGGCGUAUCUACCAGGAGACGGAGAACCGGGCCCGGGAGCUGGCGGCCCUGCAGGGCUCCGAGACCCCGGGGAAGGGGGGAGGCAGCAGCAGCAGCUCAGAGCGGUCCCAGCCGGGGGCCGAGGGCUCCCCCGAGAGCCCCCCGGGGCGCUGCUGUCGCUGCUGCCGGGCGCCCAGGCUGCUGCAGGCCUACAGCUGGAAGGAGGAAGAGGAGGAGGAGGAGGGCUCCAUGGAGUCCCUCACGUCCUCUGAGGGCGAGGAGCCUGGCUCCGAGGUGGUGAUCAAGAUGCCCAUGGUGGACCCCGAGGCGCAGGCGCCCGCCAAGCAGCCCCCCCGGAGCUCCCCCAAUACGGUCAAGCGGCCCACCCGGAAGGGGCGCGAGCGAGCGGGCAAGGGCCAGAAGCCCCGCGGGAAGGAGCAGCUGGCUAAGCGCAAGACCUUCUCGCUGGUCAAGGAGAAGAAGGCGGCGCGGACCCUGAGCGCCAUCCUGCUGGCCUUCAUCCUCACCUGGACCCCGUACAACAUCAUGGUGCUGGUGUCCACCUUCUGCAAGGACUGCGUCCCCGAGACCCUGUGGGAGCUGGGCUACUGGCUGUGCUACGUCAACAGCACCAUCAACCCCAUGUGCUAUGCGCUCUGCAACAAGGCCUUCCGGGACACCUUCCGCCUGCUGCUGCUCUGCCGCUGGGACAAGCGACGCUGGCGCAAGAUCCCCAAGCGCCCCGGCUCUGUGCACCGCACGCCCUCCCGCCAGUGCUGACGGUGGGGGGGAGAGGGCCCCCCACACUCGCCUGCACCCCGCCCACCCGAGGCCCGCCCCACCCCCCCACUUCCCCAGGAACAGCCCUGACAGCCUGGUAGGAAGCGGGCAGCAGGGGCAGUGACCUCACUCAGGCCCUCCCGCUCAGGCCCCUCCCGGGUCACACCUUCCUGGACAGCCCAGAGACUACCUGCCAGUGUUCCGGACUUGGCGAUGCCCAGGCAGGGCGCGGAACCCGGGAAACUGGUUUCUCUGUUCCCCCGGCUGGUUGGGAAUGGGCAGGAAGAAGGCCAGCGGGGAGAGGGGGGCCCAAGGGGAGGAUCCCUGCGGUGUUUGCCUUCAGGCAGGAAGUCAGCGGGCUAGGGCCAGGGCCAGGGCCAGGGCCAGGGGAGGGGUGGGGGCGGAGGGGUGGAGAAAGCUGGUUUCCCUUGACAGGCCUCCUGGCCAGGACCUGAUGGGAAGCUGGCACGGCCAGGGGUCCGGCAGGGGGCGUGGGGGAUGAAGAGCGUCAAGAAAAGCUUGCCGAAGGGGUGGCAUCUCUGGGAGAAGGAAUCCCCUCCCUCCACCGGCCUCUGGGUUCACUCCCCCAGAUUAUCCCCAGGGCGACCCUCUGUGGGACACACCCCGCACCCAGGGCCGGUGUCCCAGCAUCAGUGCCAGAGGGGACCCACUUGGCUACUCACACAGAAGUCCUGAGGCAGCAGCAGGACCAGGCACCAGCGGUCCGGAUGGUCCCCCGCCCCCCCCCCCGGCUGCCAUCUCCCUGGCAUCGAGGGGCAGAGGGAGGGCCCUGCUGUCUGCAGCCCCCAACCCCCCAGACCCACCUGCCCCAGGGAACCCCUCAGCCCCUCCCUCGCUGGCUCGCAGCCACCCCUGGAGAGACCUGCUGAACCCUGCUGAUGUGCAGGUCCAGCUAGUCCUCCCCAGGCGCCCCCGCAUGCUGCCCGCCUCUGCGCCCCCCUACCCCCCGCCCUGCCCCUGCCCCAUGCAGGCCUGGCCCCGCCCGCAGCUUCUCUCCUGGGAGCUCCCCAGUCCCACCCAAGCAUGGCCUCCAGCCACCCCCAUCUCCAGGCCCAGCCUGCCCCCAGAUGUGCAUUCCAUCCAUCUUUAGCAAGUGCUGAGUCUGUGAAUAAAGCCACAUUAUCAGCGGG